UUGGAUUGGGGUCUCAUUUAGAAAAAAAGGAACAACAAGGUUCAAAACAGGGACAUUAUAGUCAGGUUUAUGUCUGCGAGAGGAGUGCACUACAUUUAUGACCCAAGAAUGACUAAAUCUCAGCACUACCGUCAGGAUGCCGUGUCACGGAAACGGGAAGAGCGUGCCGUGCGAGAACAGCACAAACGUGGCAGACAGGCAGCAUCUUACCUUGCUGACGAUGGCAACUAUCCCAGUUUUAAGAUGCAGCUUGAUAAGAUUGGUCUACAACUAAGGGACAUCCCAGGAGAUGGGAAUUGUCUUUUCCGUGCUUUGGGGGACCAACUUGAGGGACAUGGAAGGAACCACUUCAAGUACAGAUAUGAUGUCGUCAAAUACAUGUCAGAACACAGAGAUGAUUUUGAGCCGUUUGUAGAGGAUGACGUGCCUUUUGAUCGACACAUUCAAAAUUUGCAAAAAAUAGGUACAUAUGCAGGAAAUGAUGCAAUCGUAGCAUUUGCUAGACUACAACAAGUGAACGUUAUCAUCCACCAACUGGGUUCCCCUUUCCUUCUGAUUCGGGGCCUUUCCACUCCAACACCCAAUGCUCGACAAAUACACAUUGCCUAUCACAACGGUGAUCACUACUCCAGUGUGAGACGUGUCAGCGACAACACAGAAUCUCCUGCCAACAUCAGACUCAAGGUCGACUGUAGUACUGAUAACUCUGGACGACCCACAAUGAAGAUCAACACAUCCUCUGCAAUCAAAGGGCAGAAGACAGAGGCCAGAGGUCAAGGCAUAGUAUCAGCACUGAGGGAUGAACAGAGUAUUGAGCAUGAAGUGAUGGUCGCUACUGGUUGUGUGGAUGAAAAGCGGGUGACAGAGAUGUUGAUGGACUGUCAGUACGAUGUGGACUUAGCCAUCAGCCAACUUCUACAGCUGAUUGAGAUGGAAGGAGAAUUGAGGGACUCAUCCUCUGGACCUUCUGAGAGAACAUCCACAGAUAGCGGUGUGUCAUCAGAGACCUUUACUCCUGUCCACUCACGUGACAACAGUUAUGGAGGCAGCUCUGGAUACGGCUCAAUCAGCUCAGCAGGUGGGGCAAGGCCGAAGAGUAAUAAGAGCAUAAUAACUGUAUCAAACAAACAAAAGAAGGAACAGAAGAAAAUGGAAAAGAAAAAAAGAGCAGAAGAGCGUCACAGACAAAGAGUCCUCGGAAUAAACCCUGCUUUGCCAGACUCAGAAGAUGAAGGUGUUGUAACUGUGGUCUCCAAGGACAUCGCCAUGAUGAAAAUCUAAUCAUUUAAGGGAUCUCUGAACAUCUCCAUGAUGAAAUUUAAAGACUUCAGUGGUCUCCAGUGAAAUCACAAUAAUGAAAAUAUUAUUAUGUUGGCCAGAUGAAAAGCUAAGGAUUUUAAGAAAUCUCAAUAAUCAUAUUUGCCUUCUUGAUGGAUAUUAAAUGCCAUCUUGGAUAUUAAGGUACAUCAACUGUCAUCUCUGACACAUGGCCACAUCACAUGUCAUCUCUGAUACCUGGUUACAUCACCUGUCAUCUCUGAUACCUGGCCACAUCACAUGUCAUCUCUGAUACCUGGUUACAUCACCUGUCAUCUCUGAUACCUGGCCACAUCACAUGUCAUCCCUGAUACCUGGCCACAUUACCUGUCAUCUCUGAUACCUGGCCACAUCACCUGUCAACUCUUGAUACCUGGCCACAUCACUUGUCAUCUCUGAUACCUGGGUACAUCACAUGUCAUGUCUGAUACCUGGCCACGUCACAUGUCAUCUCUGAUACCUGGCCACAUCACAUGUCAUCUCUGAUACCUGGUCACACAACACCUGUCAACUCUUGAUACCUGGCCACAUCACAUGUCAUUUCUGAUACCUGGGUACAUCACAUGUCAUGUCUGAUACCUGGCCACAUCACAUGUCAUCUCUGAUACCUGGCCACAUCACAUGUCAUGUCUGAUACCUGGCCACAUCACAUGUCAUCUCUGAUACCUGGCCACAUCACAUGUCAUGUCUGAUACCUGGCCACAUCACAUGUCAUGUCUGAUACCUGGCCACAUCACAGGUCUUCUCUGAUACUUGGACUUAUCACAUGUCAUCUCUGUUAUCUCUGGUACCUAUAGGGACAUCACUUGUCAUUGCUGGUGUCUUAGAGACAUCAUUACCUGACAUCUCUGAUAUAUAGGGACAUCACUUGUCAUUGCUGGUGUCUAGAGACAUCAUUACCUGACAUCUCUGAUAUAAAGGGACAUCACUUGUCAUUGCUGGUGUCUAGAGACAUCAUUACCUGACAUCUCUGAUAUAUAGGGACAUCACUUGUCAUUGCUGGUGUCUAGAGACAUCAUUACCUGACAUCUCUGAUAUAUAGGGACAUCACUUGUCAUUGCUGGUGUCUAGAGACAUCAUUACCUGACAUCUCUGAUAUAUAGGGACAUCACAUGUCAUUGCUGGUGUCUAGAGACAUCAUUACCUGACAUCUCUGAUAUAUAGGGACAUCACUUGUCAUUGCUGGUGUCUAGAGACAUCAUUACCUGACAUCUCUGAUAUAUAGGGACAUUACAUGUCAUUUCUGGUACGUAUAGGGUUAUUACCUCUCAUCAUUGGUAUCUAGGGACGUGGCAUGAUAUAUUUGGUAUCUAGGGACAUCACAUGAUAUAUUUCGUAUCUAGGGAUGUCACAUGAUAUAUUUGAUAUCUAGGAAUGUCACAUGAUAUAUUUCGUAUCUAGGGAUGUCACAUGAUAUUAUUUGGUAUCUAGGGAGGUCACAUGAUGUAUUUGGUAUCUUGAGACUUCACAUGAUAUAUUUGGUAUCUAGGGAUGUCACAUGAUAUAUUUGGUAUCUAGGGAUGUCACAUGAUAUAUUUGGUAUCUAGUAGUGUUGUUCCGAUUAAUCAAUUUAAUCGAGUAUCACUUGUUUGAGAUGUUUGAUCAAUCAAUCGAUUAAGAAAUCUGUAAUCGAGCAUCGUGAUGUAUGAAAAUAGAUUAUUUCAACAUUGAACUUAUUUUCAACAUUAAUAAGAUUAUUUUUUAAAAAACGACAUUUGUUUAUAUUAAAAAGUAUUCUGUGCAAUAAACGAAUAACAAGCACACAAAAUGAUGGUGUAGGUACAACAGUUUUAGUAAUUACGUGAAUUGCUGUUAAAACAUAACACAAAAUACGUAUUUAUACUUGAAUAAUAUCCAAAAACAGACAAUUAAGAAUUAAUCGAUUUUAAUCGAUCAUCGAUCGGUUACACAAAGUUGAUGAUCGAUCAGGAAAUCUCAACCAAUUCCCAACACUAGUAUCUAGGGACAUAGCAAUGGUUGAAAACUUACACAUGGAUACUGUUACUGGUCUCUAGGCAUUUCAUAAACAUUUGUCUCAUGUUUAUCCUCCAUGAAAACUAUGCAGAUGCCAAUUAUUUGCUUCACAUAAUAUUUUCAUUCAUUUUGAUGUCCAGUUGAGAGAAGAAUCUAUCACUUAUGGAAAUAUUUAUUCCAGAUUUUUUGGAUCCAUAUAGUAAUUACACACCAGUAUACAUGGUUUGAUAUACAUGUAUGUAUUGAUCACAAAAUCAACCUCUUAUCCAGUGUCUCUAAUGUGAUAUACCCUGACCAGGUUAGUCAGAAAUCAAUCUCUGAUGGACUGUGUCCUCAACAUUUUCAGUUUUAAUUUAAAAGCUGUCAAAAUGUCUUUUUUUCUAGUUAAGUGAAAAUUUAUUUUUAUUUCAUCUCAGAGUUUUAUUUUUUGUUCACCAAACUCGUAAAAAUAAAAUCUUCUAAGAUUUGUAUCUAAAUUGAAAUAGAAUUAUUUCACUUUAAAGUAGUUAUAUCAUUGAUGU